CUGCAAAAUCCGACGGCGAGCAAGAUUUCGAUGUUCUUGCAGACCUCUCGGAUGCUGUGAACCAUUAAUUUAAAAGAAUAACCCCUAAAACAUUAUCUAUACACUUUAAAAUAUUGAAAAAAAAAAUUAUACACUUUUUCGGUUUUAGAGUUUAUUAGGGUUUGUGGCGUUAUAAGUUUAGAGUAGUUCUGCAGCUUUUCGGAUAAGCAUUGGCGAAUUUCAUCCACGGAGUUCCUGUUAAGGGACAUUUUAGACUACUAUGGGUAUAGUUCGUCUGCGGUUGGCCAGAGUUGGUUGUACCCAUCGUCCAUUUUUUCGGUUAGUUGCCACUGAUAGCGCAGCAAAACGUGAUGGAAGACAUUUAGAGAAGUUGGGUUUCUAUGAUCCAUUGGUAGUGAAGGAAAAAAAGAAGGAUAAAAAGAAGAAUAAAGAGAAGGAUAAAGAUGACCAGAAGGAUAAAGAGAAGGAGAUGAGUAUCAAUAUUGAAAGAGUCAAGUACUGGCUCUCUGUUGGGGCUCAGCCCACAGAGACGGUUCAACACCUGCUUUCUAAAGCAGGACUGUCAGCAAUGGAUCGAAAAGGUGGUCAGCGUAAUCGGUAUGUCAUUGAUCCUUCGACAGGCCGGCCUGUGGCUCCUGAGAAAAAUCAAAAGAACUUUUCUGAUAUAAAGGAUGAUUUUUCUGUCGAACAGAUAUAGUAGUUUAUUUAUAUAGAUGGCUAUGCAAAUUGUUGUUUGAUACAGGCUUAUUUAAUUUUUGUUAUUUAUAUACUCUUAUUUUAAGGCCUGAAUUAUUUCUUACUUGCAAUCUGAAUAUAGUCCAUUGAAGUUUUAAGCAAAAA